AUGACUGCAACACUAUCGAGUCGGUUUUUCUUGGGUCUUGAAGACCAUCAACUCAUUGCAAAACUAGUUGGACUGUUGGAUGGCAUGACCAUGGGGCUCCAUUCCAUGCUAGUUGAUUUUCCGUGGACAAUUUUCCGUCAUGUGAAAAGGUCAGCGGAUGCUAUUAGGAAGGAGAUGUUGGUUAUUAUUAAGGAGAGGAAAGCAGCUUUGUCGAGUGGAUCAGUGAAAACGCUUGACAUUCUGUCACAUAUGAUUGUCAGUAGCGAUCCGGUGACCCAUCGUGUCUUGCCGGAGAAUGAAGUUGCUGACAAGGUCAUGGAACAACCGGAGAUUAGCCGCUCUAAAACCUCGGAGAAACUCAAUUGGGAUGACUUGCAGAAGAUGAAAUACAUAUGGAACAUAGCACUAGAAGCGAUGAGACUCAUACCGCCUUUUCAAGGAACGUUCAGAGAAGUCAUAACUGACAUCACAUACGAAGGUUUCACCAUUCCAAAGGGUUGGAAGAUUUAUUGGACAGUCAGUACCACAGACAAGGACUCCAAACACUUUUCAAACCCUGAAAAGUUUGAUCCUGCCAGGUUCGAGCAAGCGGAUGUUUCUCCACCUUACACAAAUGUCCCAUUUGGUGGAGAACGCCGUGAAACUGCAAUCAUCACCAAAGACAUGGUGGAGACCGUGAAUAUUUACCGCCGGCGCAAUCGAGCACCAAUAUGA